CGCCAUUGGCGGGAAAGCGGCUGUGGGAGGGGCUUAGCUUCGCCCCGCCUCGGUGCGGUCCCCUGUCGCCAGCCAACAGCCAGACAAAAUGGCGUCGGUUCGUUUCCUCACGGCGGGCUCUUAAAGGAGCUGCAGCACCCCGGCUCUGGCGAACGGUGGAGAUAGCGAUCGCUCGGCAUCGGAAGGGAGGCGGAAGAGAGCCGCGUCGAGAGCCGCUGUUUUCACCCGGCGGUGCCCGGAGGCUGCCCUGCCCGCCGCUGCUGCCGCCCCGAGCGGGAAGCGGCGGGACGGCGUUACCAUGUCAACGCAGAUGUUGAUCAUAUGAUAUUCUGUAUUUUUGGCAAUGAAGAAAGGCUCAGAAAGAAAAGCAUUUGGUAGAAAACCACAGACAUCAGCUUCUCGGACACCUAGUCCAAUGUCUCCUGUCAGUCCUAGUACCAGAUCACCAUCUCCUCUCAUCCAACAGGCAUCUCCAUCUGCUUGCAAAAGCAUGGAGCAGGGGCACCAACAACUUGGUAUUACAGAAGAAAAUGUAGAUGCUGCUUUUAACUCCAAAAAUGGUCCUAGUCCAGGGGUUAAGUACAUUACAGAACCCCUCAUAAAAAGUCUGUCAAAACAGGAAAAUUUGGCCUAUAUAAGCUCACUGAAUCUUUCUUCCCCAAAGGAUGGGGACAAGAGAUUUAAGUACAUAGAAAAUUUGGAAAAGUGCUCUAGACUGGAGACACUAAACCUUAGUAACAACCAAAUAGAAAAGAUUGAGAAGUUGGAUAAACUGAUGAAGUUGCGUGAACUCAAUUUGUCUUGGAACAAAAUCAGAAAAAUUGAAGGUAUAGAACAUAUGCAGAAUCUACAAAAGCUGAACCUUGCAGGGAAUGAGAUUGAGCAUAUUCCCGUGUGGGUAGGGAAGAAACUGAGGUCCCUGCGUAUCCUCAAUUUGAAACAGAAUAAAGUGUCAUCACUCCAUGAUAUAGCUAAACUAAAGCCUCUGCAAGAUCUCACCUCUCUAUUUCUUGCUGAUAACCCAGUUGUAAGUCUGCCUCACUACUGCUUGUACACCAUAUUCCAUUUGCGAGCACUGGAAAACUUGGAUGGACAGCCAGUGACAAAUCGUGACAGGCAGGAAGCCCUAGAGAGGUUUAAUUUAGAAGAGAUAGAACAAUUAGAAGGAGAGUUGGAAAACGCAGUGAAGGAGAUAGAGACCCUUAAACAUAACCAGUCCAAAAUUCUUGAGCAGCUCCACCACCAAGAUGAAGUCAACAAAUCAUUAAAAGAAAAGACUUUGCAACAGAAACAAAGCUAUGAAGACCUACAAAGGGACCUGGGCACCAAAAAUGAAUUGUUAAAGCAGAAGACAGUGGAGCUCACCCGAGCUUGCCAGAAGCAGUAUGAGCUGGAGCAGGAGCUGGCGUUUUAUAAGAUUGAUGCAAAAUUUGAGCCGUUAAAUUAUUUUCCACCAGAGGAUGUUGAACUUGAUAAUGUACCUGGUGAAAGCCCAUACAUUGGUAAGGCCAGGUAUAAAAGGAAUAUGUUUAUAAGAGAAGGCUACAUUGCUCACAAAGCUCAGCAGCUGGAGACCGGAAAAAUACAGCCAGAUGAAGAGGACUUCUGUAGGAAACCCCAGCUUCAAACUCUAGAUGAACUACUAGAGGGUAAAGAAAAAAAGAUCGAUUCAGCACAAAGAAGAUUAGAAGAACUGCAAAGUGCAAUAGGAAAUGCAGAGCAACAAGUUUUGAAAGUAACAGAGGAGCUGCAACAAUUAGAGGGUGCUCUGGCUCAGAAAAAGAUAUUACAGGCCAACAAGGAAAGUCUUGAACAGCAACUGAGUGAAAAGAUACGAAUCCUGUAUCAGCUACGCAAGGAAGCUUUAGAACUGGAAAAGCAAUUGGAGAAACAAAAGAGAGAAAUAGGGAAAAAAGAGAAAGAGCUCGAAGACUUACAGAGUUCUCUUGCUUCUCUAAAUUCUGAAGAUCCAAGACAUGCUCACCUGAAAGCUCAAAAAGCAAGUAAAGAACAGCAGUUUGACGUAAUGAACAAACAUUAUCAACAGCUUGAGAGUCGCCUGGAUGAAAUGCUCUCUCGGAUUGCAAAAGAAACUGAGGAAAUCAAGGAUUUGGAGCAGCAGCUGACUGAUGGUCAAAUAGCAACAAAUGAAGCACUGAAAAGGGAUUUAGAAAGUAUUAUCAUUGGAUUACAGGAGUACCUGGAAAGUGUUAAGUCUCAGGCAAAACAGGCCAAUGAUGAAUGUAAGGAGUUGCAGAAGGAUAAAGAAUCUUUGCUAGAAAGAUUGGCAGAUCUAGAGGAAGAAAGAAACAACCUGGAAAUAGUUGCCAUGGAUACAGAAAAUAUGAGAAAAGAAAUUGCAAUGCUAGAGAGUGCACUCAGAGAGCAGCAGGAAAUAAAUGAGUCGCUUAGAGAGGCACAAAGGGACAUCAGUGCCUAUGAGGCUGAAUUGGAAGCGCAGCUAAGAGAUAGAGAUGCUGAAGCCAGUCAGCAAAAAGAAGAAUAUGAAAGACUGAAACAACGUAGCAAGAUGGAACUGUCAGCCCUGCAAGCUGAACUUGAAAAAGAAAGGCAAAUGUUGGACAAUGCUCUGACCAAAGCACAGCUAGCAGAGGAAAAGGAACAGCAAAAUUAUAAGCUCCUUUCUCAGUUCAAACAAUUGCAGGGAGACAAUAAUCUCCUGAAACAACAGCUUGAAGAUGUUCAGAAUCAGCUCAACCAUGAGGUUGCGAACUUAAUUCAUCCUGAGGAGGUCUUAGCUCGUGUAAAUGAACUCAAGCAAAAACUUCAGACAGGAGAUGGAGAGAUUAAAUGUCAGAAUUCAUCUGAUGUUUUAGGGAAAAGCCUUGCAAAUCUGCAGAACAAAUUUAAUGACAUCCUCGCUGUUGCUCAGAGGGAAAAAGAGAAAGCAUGGGCUAGACAGAGAGAACUGCAGGAGGAGAUGGCAUCCCAGCAGGAAAAACUGGAAGAAGUACAGCAGAAAUACAGACAGGUUAAAGCUGAAAACAGGCAGAAUAAGAACAAGGUCCAUCAGUUAGAGAAUGAAGUUCAACAUUUGCAGGAAAAAAUAAAGAGCAUGGAAGAAAUUCAGGGCCUUGCUGAUCAACAGCUCCAAGAGGCAGAUGAAGAGAAAGAGACUAUUCUUGCUCAACUGGAAGAUCUGGAGAAAAGGAAAAAGCUAGAAGAUGCCAGGGCACAAAUGCAGUUUGUCAGUCUGGAUAAGGAACUGAAGGAAUUGAAGAGAGCAAUAAUCACUUCAGAUAAACUGGCAGCCACAGAGCUCUCCAGUGCUAAAAAUCAGCUAAAGGCUCUUCAUGGGACUGUGCUCAGAAUUAAUCAGGAGCGAGCUGAGGAGAUUGAGGAAGCUGAAGAGUUCUGUGCCCAGGCAGCUCGUGCAGGCCAGGACCUUGCCAGGGCAGAAGCUGAAAUAGAACUGUUACAGCAGCUCCUCAAAGAGAAGGAAGAACAAUUUCAGCGUGAAAUGGAGAAAGCUGGUGAGAACGCUGUCACGUCAAGGACUCGGAAGUUUGAGAUUGAUAAAUUAAAUGAAGCUCUGGAGAAACAAAAAGCAGAAAUUGACCGUUUAAGAUGGAUGUUGGAUAGUACUGGCACAGGUAAAAAAGAAGAAAUUGACAAUUUACAAGAUGAAAUUGCAGCACUCAAAAAUGUGCUUUCAUACCAGAACGAUUACAUCACCAGCAUGGCAGAUCCACUGAAAAGAAGGGGAUACUGGUAUUACAUGCCAUCAUCACAGGCUUCAACUCCUGCUUCCCACAGCACAAAAGACUCUGGAGUUUGUUUACUGUGUUGUGGGACAUCCCCACCCGGGAGAGGGUGUGGUGAGGACAGGCACUGCAGGAAGGAAGACUUGCCCAACCAAGGAGGAUGUUGGGUUUAUUCACCGCUCAGAAGCAGGUUGCACAAAGCAAAUUCAGGUCAAGAUAAAAGAGCAAAAGAAGAAAGUGAAGGAAAGGAAGAAACUCGUGUUCCCAAAGCCCCCCCCUUUGUACCACCCCCUGGUACAGUUAUUUACACAGUCCUUCCAGAUGGUGCCCCUGUGCCUCAGGGAACUGUGGUCUAUGGCCCUCCUCCUGCAGCGGCAAGUGGAGGCUCAGUUGCUCCUGGAUCUGUUAUCUAUGGCCCACCUCCUGUGGGAGCUCAGGUUGUUUAUGGCCCUCUUCCUCCAAACUUCACUGUCCCACUCAUUCCCGUUGGAGUGCUUCACUGCAAUGUGCCUGAACACCAUGAUUUGGAGAGUGAAGUCUCAAGGCUAGAAGACACUGUAUGUUACUUAAAGUCUCGGAAAUACAAAGAUAAAUGGUCAGAAGCAGCAGAGCAUAAAUACAAUAAAGACAUGGAAAGAUUGCUUCAAAAUGUUGAGAAACUUCUGCAUGAAAGGGAAGAGUUGGAAUGUGAAUUAGCAGAGCUACAGCAAGCAGCUCAGAAACAUAAUAAACGCAAGGACUUUAUUGAAGGGUACACGGACAACCUUAUUGCAGAACUGCAGUUAGAAAAGACUCUUAAACAUCAUGAAGAUAUUGCAGAUGAAAUUGAAUGUAUAGAGAAGACCCUUCUGAAGCGACGAGCAGAGCUUAGAGAAGCAGACAGGCUACUUUCAGAAGCUGAAGUGGAACUUGAGAGCACGCGAGGCAAAACUAAAGACACUAUGCAGAAAUACAAUCAUGCCAAACAGCAUUUGUCCUGUACUGAAGCUGAGGCAAAGGAGUUGGAGAGAAGGGCUCGGGAAAUGGCCACUAAACUUGUGAAAGCAGAUCAGCAAUUAAGGUUAUUACAGGCAGAUACAAGAGAUUUAGAACAGCAUAAGAGGGAACAAGAAAGCAUUUUGAAGGAAAUCAACAAAAUGGUGGCUGCAAGAGACUCUGAGUUCCAGUCAUUAAACCAGAAGAUAGAAAUGCUGACUGAGAGUCUUCAGAAGCUUCAAGGAGAUAUUCAAGUUGCAGAAGGUAACGAAGGACAUCACCUCCAGAUCCUUACAGAAGUAGAAAGCCUUCUUCAGGGUAAGAAAAGUGAACUGGAAAGAGUGAAAGAUCAGAUCACUGCUCAGCAACAAGAGCUCUUGUUUCUGGAGGAACAGUUAAAGCAAAGAAGAGAAGAGCUCCAUGUCCUUCAGGACUGUAUUUCUCAAAAGAAAGGUGACCUCAAAGAAGCUCUUCGAGAUGGGGAGACUGAAGCAAAUGAAAAACUACGCCAAAUACGGGAAAUAAAACUACUUCUGGAAAAGCUUCAUGUUGAGAGGGAAGAACUGGAUGUGCAGAUUAAUGAGAAAAGAGCACAGCUUUCCUUCAUAAGAAAGGAUAUUGGAAAUGAGGAAGAAAAUCUUCAAGGAGUACUUGGGCAAGUUACCAAGCAUAAGCUGGAACUGAAACAUGUUCUGGAAAUGCUGGAGCUUGAAAACAAUGAACUUCAAGGCUUGAAACUACAACAUGACCAAAAGGUCAAUGAGCUUGAAAAGACUCAGGUUGCAGUUCUAGAAGAGAAGUUAAAACUGGAGAAUAUGCAGAGAUUAUUCCAGUGUCAGCAAGGGGAAGUAGCUUGGCAGGAACAACUGCUCGAGAAAGACCGUCAGGAAAACGAACAUCUGGUUUCUCAAAUGCGCACUCUGCAAAAUAGCAUUGAGGCUCUGAAUAAAGAAAAGGAAAAGCUCGAGGAAGAUUGUCACAGUUUGGAAAAGAAGUUGUCACAAACCAGAAGAGACUUGGCUGCUACUGAAGAGAGCAGCAGGACUGCAUUGUCCAGUGUAGAACAAAUGGAGUCGGAUGUUAAGAACCUGCAGCAGGAGGUGGAUCUGCUGAACAGACAGAAAAAAUCACUGACUGCAGACAUUACUGUUGCACAGAAGGAUCUUCAAGAUAAAACAGAACAACUAGAAUCACUGAAAGGAGAAUUAACUGACUGCAGGCAACAGCUUCAACAAGUAGAAGAGGAUUUGAAAACUAACACAAGGCAUCAGGAUGAGUUGCUUAGAGAGCAGGCAACCCUGAAAGAAGAUAUCCUGCAGUAUGUAAGGAAACGUAAGGAUUGCCAAGAGAGACAGAAAAAGAGGGAGACCCAAUUGCAGCAGCUCCAGAAGGAGAUUGAAGAGAAGGAAACAGAACUAGCCAAACAAGAAGCGAUUCUUCAUCGCCUCAAGCAAAACUCAGAGCGUGAAGGGAAAAAGCUGGAAGAAUGUACUGCUAAAGUGAAGGAUCAGAAAAUCCUGCUGGAAAAGGAGCUGACAGAGCAACAAGUGAAACUGGAGCAGGCAAUAGCAAAAGUCAGGCUGGCAGAGGAGAACCUCAGGCUGCUGGAAAAGGAGGAGUCCCGAUGUGCAGCACUUGAGGAAUCUGUCAGGAAAAGCAAACACCAGCUCGCAGAAAACGAGUUUCAAUUACAACAAAAAAAUAGAGAAAUACAGUCUCUGCAGAAAGAACUGGAAAUCUCCAAGUCUGAGCUGAACCAUCUCCAAGAGCAGGUAGCAUCAGAGAGGAGAAAGGCAGGGAAGAAAAUCAUGAGUCUGAAAGAAGCAAUGCAAAUGCAAAGGAUGCAGUUUGAAAGAAGACUGCAGGAACAAAAGCAUGAAACCAGCUGUUUGCAGAGUGAUGCAGCAACUGCUGAACAAAUAGCACAUGGUAACUGGGAGCGAGCCAAGCGCCUUACUAUGGACCUUGACCAGAUCCAACGGGACUACAGGGAUCUCCAGUCCCAGGUGAAAACUCAAGAAGACCUGGAAAACAGACAAAGAGAAAUGGAGAAUGCAGCAGCAUUACUUAAACUGGAGGUUGAAGAUGAAAUUAGGACAGGGCUUAAAUCUUCAAGCCCAUCUUCUCUAGAACCAUUGGACAAUUCAGAAGCAUCUUCUGAAGCAGAGGGAAGUCUGCAGCGUGAAUCUGACCCCUCAGAGGUUCUGUUUGCUGCUGCUGAGAAGAGACUUUUCUCCCUGGAGAAGUUGAACCUUUCUAAAGUCUUCUUAAUGGAUGAACAGUGGCGUGGGGAGGCUCUCCGAGAACAGCUGCAGCAGCACGAGGAUCGGCUCAAGGCUCGGCUCCGGCAGUGCAUGUCCAAGCAAGUGGAAGUGUUAAUCAGAGGGAAGCAGCAAACUGAGGACACCCUUCACAGCUUGAGGCGGCAGGUUGAUGCACUGGACGACCUGGUCAGCAGCACUGCUUCAGAUUCACUGUUCCCAGCCCAGAGCUCGAGCCUGGGACCUGCGCAGGAUGCUCUGAAAGUGACAAAACCUCAGGCUGCUCUGACAAGACUCCCCCAGGGCCCCAGGAAGGCUGCAGGCCUCCCCACAGCAGCACAGACAACACAUUCCUGCUGUCCAGGAGCAUCCCAGUGAAGCCCAGAGGUGAGGUGGGAACUUCACCCAGUCACGACUGUCCUGAAGGUUGAAGCUAGUUAAGUGGUGGCAGCCCCAGGGCAGGUGUGGGCUCUCACACGGUGCCGGCCCUUACCUGAGGGCAUUCCUGCAGCUGGGAUCCUCAGGGUUGAUGCUGGUUGGCCGCUUGGAGGUGUAUUUUCACCAGCUGUGGGUGAGAGCUGCUGAGAGGUGAGUUCUGACAGGACAUGGAGAAACCAUUGUGCUGCUGGCCAGCUGCAGUGGAAGGCUGCUGCCACCCUUGGGCUUCCAGCAGUGCUUCCUGGUUUUAAGAGGCAUGCAGCCCAGCACCCAAACCUGUUACAGUGAGUUAUGCCACCAGCCUGGUACCCAGUGUUCCUGUGUA